CCCAUCCCCUCGGCCGCCAUCCCUACCAUAGCUUUUUCGACUGCACGCUGUCUCUAUCAGUCUUUCUCUUUCUAUCUAAUGGCACUUAGAUAUCGCCAUCUCUUUCGCACACGGAGCGAACGACACGCAUACGUGUGUAGUUAGUCGAGCGCUUAUAUAUCAGUCGAGCGUAGAACGACGAGACUACCAUAAAGUGAUCGUCUCUGAUCGACAGCGGACGGAUUUCUGUACGUCUUUCUUUGCCGUUCAGAUUAAACAAGACAAACCGAAGACAAGAAAAUGACCGGUCGCGGUAAAGGUGGAAAGGGUCUGGGGAAAGGAGGCGCGAAGCGACACAGGAAAGUGCUCCGUGAUAACAUCCAAGGUAUCACGAAACCGGCCAUCCGUCGUCUCGCACGCAGAGGCGGUGUGAAACGUAUAUCCGGUCUGAUAUACGAAGAGACUCGCGGUGUCCUCAAAGUGUUCCUCGAGAACGUAAUCCGCGACGCCGUCACCUACACCGAGCACGCGAAGAGGAAGACCGUCACCGCCAUGGACGUAGUGUACGCCCUGAAACGUCAGGGACGUACUCUGUACGGUUUCGGCGGUUAAAAUGUUUUCGAUGUUUUAUUUUGAAAAAUUAUACAAAAAAAAAUUAAUAAUUUACAAAUAAU